AUGUCUCACUUGAAUUCGUGGGAAGACGAUCCUUCCGCCCAGGACGAGAAUCUCUCUAGACAAGCUCAGCAACAGCUCAACAUCAACCAGCAAGGGCAGAACCAAGGCGGCUCCUUCCGAGCCAACGCGGCCGCGGCCGCCUUCCAGCCGACCGCCCAAGCAUUCCAACCGGGUCAGUCUUACGGUGGCUACGCGCCACAGUAUCAGCAAUACUACCAGCAGGGCUAUUAUCCUCAAUAUGGCGGCCAGCAAGGUUUCGAUCAAUACGGUCAGGGUGGCCAAGGCGGCCAAGGAUAUCCCCAGCAGGGCGGCUACGGCCAACAAUAUGGUGGCCAGUACCCUCAGUAUGGCCAACAGAAUAUUCAACAACAGCAGCAGCAGCAACAGCAGCAGCCUCCUCAGCAACGACAGCAACCCCAGCAACGAGCUCAGCCCCAGGCACAGCAGAACGCGCCGCCUGCGCCUGCCGCCACCGCGCCCGCUUCCCAACCCAAACCCUCUGUGCAAAAGGAAGGUGGUGCCAAGGUUCUUUCUAUUGGUGGAGACGCGCCGAAGCCCAAGGCCAAGGUGCUCUCUAUUGGUGCCACUGGAACCGUGAAGGAGGAGCCCAAGAAAGCUGACCCUCCGAAGAAGGCUGAGGCCCCGAAAGCUGAGCCGAAGAAGACAGCCGAAGAAGGGGCCAAGGCCACGGCAGCUAAGGCGAUCUCUAAGUCCGGAGAGCCAGCUAGCGGAAAGACGUCGCCCACCUCGUCCGGUCGUUCUAGUCCGACGCCCGCUGCUGGUGCUGGUGCUGGUGCUGGUGCUGGUGCGAAGGCCAUGCGAGAUGCCGAUGCUGUCCAGAAGGAGCAAGCCGCCGACGUUGACGACGACACGCUAGCCGAGAUUUACGGCAAAGAGCACGUCAACAUCAUUUUCAUCGGCCACGUUGAUGCCGGAAAGUCUACUCUUGGUGGAUCGAUUCUGUACGCUACCGGCAUGGUCGAUGAGCGUACGAUUGAUAAGUACAGGAAAGAAGCCAAGGAUCUGGGCCGCGAAUCCUGGUACCUGUCCUGGGUUCUCGAUCUGACCAAGGAGGAGCGUUCCAAGGGCAAGACUGUCGAAGUUGGCCGUGGCUACUUCGAAACCGAGAAGCGCAGAUACAGUAUUCUGGAUGCCCCCGGGCACAAGACCUAUGUCCCCAACAUGAUUGGUGGAGCGUCGCAGGCUGAUGUCGGUAUCCUCGUCAUCUCGGCCCGCAAGGGCGAGUACGAGACCGGUUUCGAGCGAGGUGGCCAGACCCUCGAGUGGUCUGAAGAUCGCUACAAGGAGUGCACCACCAAGCUCUCUCAGUUUCUUAAGGGUACCGGCUACAACCUCAAAACCGAUGUCAUGUUUAUCCCCAUCGCUGCCCAGCAGAUCCAAGGCAUCAAGGAUCGAGUUCCAAAGGAUGUUUGCCCCUGGUGGAACGGCCCCUCGUUGCUGGAGUACCUUGACAACAUGAAGGCGCUCGAGCGCAAGGUCAACGCGCCCUUCAUGAUGGCGGUAAACGGCAAAUACCGUGAUCUCGGUACCAUGGUUGAGGGUAAGAUUGAGGCUGGUGUCGUCAAGAAGGGCAUGAGUCUAGUAAUGAUGCCCAAUAAGAAUAGCAUUGAAGUCACGGCGGUAUACGCCGAGGCCGAAGAUGAAAUUCCCAUUGCCCAGUGUGGUGACCAGGUACGAAUCCGACUCAAGGGUAUUGAGGAGGAGGAUAUCCUCCCCGGUUUCGUUCUCUGCUCGCCUAAGCGACUGGUACACAAUGUCCAAGAGUUCGAGGCCCAGAUUCGCAUUCUCGAUCUUAAGAGCAUCCUUACCGCCGGUUUCAACUGCGUUCUGCACGUACACGCUGCUAUUGAGGAAGUCACCUUCGCAACCUUGCUCCAUAAGCUACAGAAGGGAACGAACAGAAAGAGCAAGCUUCCUCCUACGCAUGCAAAGAAGGGUGACAGCAUCAUUGCGAGGAUGCAAGUCAUCGGUGGUGCGGGAAGCGUCUGUGUCGAACGUUUCGAAGACUACCCCCAAAUGGGCCGCUUCACACUGAGAGAUCAGGGACAAACGAUCGCGAUUGGCAAGAUCACCAAGCUUAUUACGGAUUCGGUCUAA